AUGCCACCCAAAAAGGGACUUCGCAAGUCGAUAUCUGCACGAGCCAACACUGAUGCCUCUCUAUCGACGCCUUCGAGGCGUUCAGCACGAGUCCCCGCCGCGGAAAAGACUAUAAAUUCAUCCUCCCGCUCCUCCAAGAGUCUUGAUCGUCCUCCCUCCACCACACCGGACAACUCCUUCAACAUCCAUUUCUACAAUCCGAAGACCCCUUCUACCAACGGUCACUCACGGAAUGCCUCUCCGGAUGUAUCCUUGGCACGUCGUAGCACGUUCCAAGCUCGCCCUUCGCGACUUUCUUCAGUUUACACGCCCGCCGUGGAAACACCAAACUCAAGUCAGAGCAGUCGCCGGACUCGUCGCAUGGCUGCUUUAGAGAGUCCACAAACCUCUUUCUCAGACCACGAAAUGACAGGCACCCUCGGGUCGACAGGCUGGACCUACGACCAAUACACGGGGGGCCUCGGCUUCGAUGGACCGAAGGAUCGCCGUCCCACUCCCAGUGUUUCGUCCAUGGGGACGCGGGUUUCAACCCGUAUUCGCAAACCAACAGCGAAAGCUCUUGAGGCAAUUCAAUCGAAAUCUAAACCUCGCCGUCCUCAUAAAGAGACUCCAGGUCCGGUCGAAGAUUGGGCGCGUACCUCCUCCGCCCCCAGCGCCGCUCCUGUUGCUGGUCCCGCUCCCUCUUCCAAUCGCACAGCCAAAAUCUCUUUUAGAAACGUAUCCAGGACUACUCCAAAAAUUGCGCCCAAGACUAGUCCUAAUUCCACGUCUAAGACUGGUUUCAGGUCUGGUCCCAAGUCCACCCCCAGGUCCGCUCCCACGCCCACUAUCCAGAAGGGCACUCGCUCGUGCAAGAAGGGGAAGAAAGGGAAUAGUUCCCUAAAAUCUACUCUCCAUCGUGUCCAGAUCACCGUGGGCCGAGCCGGCCAGAAGCUCUUCGAACUCGCCACAGUAGCCUUGAGCACUGAUUUUGUCGCUCCGUCCGAUCCUCAGCAGUUUAUCAAAGAUGCACGAACUGCCCAUCGACAGCGUGAAAUGGACGAGAUCCGAGGCGUCACGCAGUCCGACGAAGCAUCUGCAACGGAUGCUGGGAGCGUCUCCAAGCCCGCCAACCCCGAGUUCAGAAUCAUCCGCACCUUCAAGAAAUCCUCGUCUCCAAAUGUUUCCGAAGACAAGUGGACUUACACUGGCCGCACCAACAAGAGUGGCGAGGAAGUUGUCCUUACACCCCCGGGCUACAGCCUCGAUCGUGCUCCCCACGCCUAUGGUGACGAGGCUUUGCCGUACCCACCCGUCCGAUCCCGAUCGGACGAACAAGCUGCUACCAACGAUGCCUUUGGCUACCCGCCUCUCCUCGGUGACCGCAACAUUCCAUUCGACCCACAGUCCCACUUCGAACCCGAGGACGUCACCGAGGAGAGGGCCCAGGCACAGGCACGCAAGAAGAAGGCGAUCGCACCAACUGAGCCCAUCAGGAAGGGUGGGAGAAAGCGUCGCCAACCUGAAGCCGACAUCGCCGAUAAGCCUGUAUCUCCGUCUGAUCCCGCUGCUCUCAGAGACGGUGAGCGGGACCAGAAGCGGCGGCGCGGGCAAACAGUCUCCACGCCUGCAAAUACCAAGCAGGCACCGCGCAAGACACCCGCUUCGCGGUCCGCGAAGGCGAAGCCUGAGACAAAGCCUGAGACAAAGAUGCCGCCCCUUCCUCCCGCUAUGGAGGAUGCACCGUCGACGACGGUGCAGCGCCUUCGUCUAACGGUGAAGCCUCCGACCGCGGCGGAGAUGCAGGAGUGCAAUCUGUCCCGGAACGUAAUCCCGGCUCGGCCUGCGACCAGCCAGGGCCGCCAGCAAGCAGUCGGCCCCACUGCAGGUGUUACAUCGACCAAGAAGCCCAGCGUAAACAAGGGCAAGAAGAGAGCAGCAGAUCUCAUCUCCAACGACGAGGUGAACGGAGACUCAAAAUCGCCCGCUGGGCGCGGGCGCGGCGCGGCUGACAUUGAGGUCGAUACUGCCGCUCUUUCAACCCCCAGUGGCCGCAGCCGUGCUGAAAAAUCUGCCCCAAAGGACACGCGCGGUCGCGGUCAUGAUCGGGGCGGAAGUCGAGGCCGGGGUGCCACCAGGGGUAAGCCCACAACUGGGGGAGGAAAGCGUGCGCGAGGACGGGGGGUGUGA